CCAUGGCGUCCCGGAAUGAACUCAGCUAGAUUGAAUAUCCAAGUUGUUCUAGCAUAUUUACCAUAAAAUCGCUGCAAUUUGUGAAGGGGUUUUGUCUAUGCUGUCUCAUCAUUUCUUUUUCUCUCUUCAUAUUCAAAAACCUCACUGAAAAAUAAACGAAAAAGUGGCCGAAGAUGGGCUAACUCCUCACCAAAGAGAUCGUAUCAAGUCUUCAGUUGGGAAUGCUGCGGCGAAUAAGAGCCGGCAAAAUGCGGUGGCGGUGGGUAAGGAAAGGAGAGAAUCGUUGGUUCGUGCUAACGUCUUUGUAGAAUGGGGCCUAGUGGCUGGCAUUCCUAUUGAAAAGGACAUGAUGAUUUAUGAAGUGCAAUGAAUUUUGGAGGCUCAAACUUGGCGGCAGUCCAAGAGUUUAAGUCCGCCGUUGUUUUUCAAUUGGUAUCUUUCAAUUCAUGGCUGCUCAAGUUAAAUUAGAAGCUUGUUUUGCAUGUCAAGAGGACAUGAGAAAUGUAGUUAAUUGAAGUAUGACCAAUAAAAUCGUUAGAUAUGUUGAGAGUAGUAAUGACGGGCAUUAUUGGAACUGAAUUUAGAAUUUGAUAAGCUCAAUGCAGCCCAUAUCAGUUCUUUUCAUGAACAUGGGAAAAGGUGCAAUGCAGAAGCUAGUUGGUGCCCUUCGGAAGCUGAGGUGUUUGCUGUCUAAAUCAGAAUUCCCUCCUGUUUAUGCUGCUCUUAAAGCUGGAGCAAUUGCCUUGUUUGUGCAAUGUCUAUCAUUUGGCUCUCAAGAUGAACAGUUACUUGAGGCAGCACGGAGCCUUACAAACAUCGCAGCAGGAAAAUCAGAAGAAACAAAAGCAUCACUGCCUGCAUUACCGCUGCUUAUUGCACAUCUUGGAGAAAAGAGUUCCUUUCCUAUGGCUGAACAGUGUGCACGGGCAUUGGAAAAUUUUGCUGGUGAAGGAGAAGAGUUGAGAUGUGUUUUGCUAUCUCAAGGAGCCUUACCACCUCUUGCAAGAAUGAUGCUGCCAUUCAAGGGUUCAACUGGACCAGAUCCUAAAGCUGCAAUGAAACUCAUUGGAGUUGAUGGGGUUCUAGAUGCAAUUCUUUGGCACUCAAGGAAAGAGGUGCUGUUCCUUGGAAAUCAUCUUAUGCACAUUAUACCUUUUGCUUCAUGGCAUAUACAUGCGGCCGGCCUAGAACAGGUUUUACAUCAUAUAUGCCACAAUUUCCAUUCCGGUGUCUGUUAUUGCUUGUUUAUUUGAAGCUUGUUUCAUAUAGUUUUCCUUUCCUUGUCUCUUACUAGUUUCUGAAGAGCCACAUGUAGAAUGUACCAAACAAUCAAUUUUGUUUCUUGUUGAUUAGCUUAUUAGACUUUACUUAAGAAUGCAAGAAUCAUGCUUGUAGCUCUCUUGCUGCAAUUAGCAAUAGUUAACUUACUAAAAAACGGUUCUGUUUUUAAGGUUCUGCUUUUUUUUUUUGUCCUUUUCUUUAUUGUCCUGGGAAGAAUUCUUGGAGAAGUUGUCUUAAAGCUUCAUCCUUGUAUCUUCUACGGGACAAUAUUACCAUCUCUCCUCUUUCUUCACUUUGCCGUGGGGAAUAGAUCUCAUUUCUUUAA